AUGGAACAGGAAGGACUGAGCCUGGUCCGCGCUACGCCACCGCACGGACACCCUAGCCCACACGAGCAUUCCAGUACAUGGAUCCCUCAUCAAACUCCGGAAUGCAGCUCGCCGCAGGAAGACGACCAUUUUCCCGAAGGCGAUUCCCUCGAGCACCUCGCUCUUGAGCUAUACGUGGAGACCCUAUUGAGCCGAGCGCAUGCACUCCUUUUCAACUCUAUCCGUGACGAUGUCAAUGGCCAGGACACCCUGUUUGAUCGAGGCAAGGAAAUACUGGAAGAGGCAGUGUCAUUGUGCCUCUCACGACAGUAUUCCGUGAGCAAUGCGCUGAUCGCAAAAUGCUGGUACAUGAGGGGUUUCCUUGCCGACAUCAGUGGUGAUGACGAUAACGCCCUAAGAAGUUUUGUACAAGCCGCGAGCCUUGAUGCGAGUUACAAAAGCCUUCAGAGGGUGCUAUGGUACCUCCGGAACCAAGAUGACCUCGAUGAACUAUUCGAGGCUUGGGAUGACCCGGAAGAACCAGUCGAGAGCCGGAACGACGAGUACCACGUGGGGGAGCCCGAUUCGCAUAGCGACGCAGCGUCAACAAUGUCACCUCCAAGUGUGCACACGGAAAAUUCUCGACAUAGUGAGCUGUUCCAAUUUCUUCUGAGAGAUAUAAACAAUAACGGCUUGACAGAAGACAAGCUCAUUAAAGGAAUCCCGUCGCCAGUCUUUGCUCCACGUUGGCCGCAUCACUUGCCACCAAUUGCCACCCCACACAACGGGCUCGUGACCCCAACGGAUAGGGUCGAUCAACUGGUCCUCGAGAAAAUCUACGGUUCGGGCGGCGAAAGACGGGCGGCCCAGGAAACCCGCGAGGCGUUGAAAGGACACGAAAACUCCCCCAUCAGAGACCUUUUCCUGCGGCGGGUAGAGGAGACCAAGGAGAAGGCCAAAAUGGAAGCAGGGGAGCGGAUGCGCCAGAUCCGAGAAGCCAGGACACGGCAGGCUUCCGCAGAUUCCAGGCGUCUUUCUGGCCAAGAGGCUCUCCUGUCCGAUGGACCCAGUAUUGCAGAGCUGGACACCACGACUGCGCCUGCGGAAGACGGUGCCGGGUCACCUCGCAAGUUGACAAUCAACACUCGAGGAAUCAGACGACUGUCGAUAUCGUCAAAGUCGAGCGACCGUUCACCAGCUCCGCCCAGUCCGUUGAGGAAAACGUCCUUGCCAGGAGACGCGCAAGCUGCUCACUGA